UUUGUUUUUGACAUAACGUAGUAAACAGAGAAAAAGAAAAGAAAGUAGUUUAUCUAAUUUUUAGUUCACUAAUUUUUUGAGAAUUCCCCAAAAAAGCAAAGAAAAAAAAAUAUCAAGAAUUCUACUUAAUUUGUGUUUGUCCUAAUUAUUCAUAUCAGCGAAACGCCCACACACACAGUUUUUCUAAAGAGCUCUCGAUUAACAAAGCAUGAACAUUCCCAAAGAAACAUUAAUUAUUAAAAACACCAAAAAUGUGUAAACUAAACAUUCGUCAUUUUUGCAAGGAAUGGCGAAUCUGGAUUCGUCCACUGCUCAUUGUAACAUAUGUGAUAUUUGCCAUAAUAGUUGUCCCCCUGCUGAUAGUGAAUUCAUUGAAAGAUGGAUUCACACGCAAGGAUCAGUUGAUAUUAAUUGGGGGAUUGUUUGUGCUGUCCGCAGUGCCAAUCUCCAUUUGGCACAUAAUUCAACAUGUCAUUCAUUUUACGAAGCCGAUUUUACAAAAACACAUCAUUCGCAUUGUCUGGAUGGUGCCAAUAUACGCUUUAAAUGCUUGGCUGGGUUUACUAUUCCCCGAACACUCGAUCUAUGUUGACUCAUUACGUGAAUGUUAUGAAGCCUAUGUUAUAUACAAUUUCUUGGUUUACUUGCUCAACUAUUUGAAUUUGGUAAUGGACUUGGAGGCAACGAUGGAAAUUAAGCCUCAAGUGAGCCACAUCUUUCCGUUGUGCUGUAUGCGCCCGUGGGAAAUGGGCAGGGAAUUUAUACACAACUGCAAGCACGGCAUAUUGCAGUACACGGUGGUUAGACCAAUAACAACAUUUAUUUCCGUCAUAUGUGAGCUAUGCGGCGUUUAUGGAGAAGGUACCUUUGCUGGUGACGUUGCAUUCCCUUACAUUGUCUUCAUUAACAACAUUUCACAAUUCGUUGCUAUGUACUGUUUGGUUCUCUUUUAUAAAGCCAAUAAGGAGGACUUGAAGCCAAUGAAACCAAUCCCCAAAUUCUUAUGUAUAAAAGCUGUUGUAUUUUUUUCGUUCUUUCAAGGGGUUCUUCUUAAUAUCAUGGUUUACUACGGAUUCUUUCAAAAGAUUUUCGGAAACUCAAACGACCUGGGAGACACUAAAAAUUUGGCGCUUAUGUUGCAGAACUUUCUCAUUUGUAUAGAAAUGUUCAUAGCAGCUGUGGCACAUAUUUACAGUUUCCCCCAUCAUCCGUUCCAUUCAAAUUCACCACAAUAUUGGAACAAUCCGAGCAAUAAUUGGUUCACAGCAUGUUUGUCUAUGAUCGAUAUAUCAGACAUGCAAGAGGAUGUUACCGAGCAUAUUGGCUAUGUGACCGGCUCGAUAAGCAGGACUUUCCAUGGACGAACCACCUACCAACCGUUAUCGCGAGGCCGCCGAUCUAGCAGCGAAUCGGACUACUUAAUGGCAGCGGGAGUUGCUAAGACAGACAGCGAUACAGGUAAUAGAAAGUCAUUUAGUAAUCCGAUGGUAACCAAAAAUCGCUAUGGAGCUACAGAUAAUCUUCUUCAAGCGCCUUCGACAUCAGCAGCUCCUCAGGACGCCGCCUCUUCUUCGAAGCAUUCAUCGAAUUUUGCCAUUAAUAUCAAUAAGCGAGACGAAAUAAAAGAAUACUCACCACACUACGGCGCUCCCACUUCCGGUAAUUUCCUUCAAGCCCGCAAAAAUAAUGGCGGUGGUUCAAACACUGACUCGAACACAACCACCCGCAACGACAGCUCCUCAAAAAGCGACUCCUUUUCAAUUGUAAACAGUGGCGGUGGCACUAUUAAAAAAUCCGAUAGCAAUAACUCUGACUGGCUGAGCACCCCUACCGACGAGAUGCUCGGCAUUGAUGUGCGGGGUGUCGAAAAAGAUCGAAUCAUGUAUAAUAUGGGUAAUCCAAAAGCUUGAAUAAUGUAAAUCGCGCUCGCUGCUGUUUUUUGAGGGUACGUGUGGCCAUCAUCGUGAUCGUUUCGUCCCAUCGUAGAACUACAUCCUUAAUUCUAUAAAUAUACUCAGUAUAAUAUUUUGUUUUGUACAUUAACUGUGUGGGCUUUAUAGUUUGCUGUUUAACAAACCUCUCUCUCAUCUUCUUACUUUUCACUAUAAUAUUGCCAAAGACUAACCGAAAUAUGUACAUUGUCGUUGUCGUUAUUUAUCAUUCCCCGAUUUGGUCGAACUUGUCGUCAUCUAGGUUGUAGAGUAUUUGCAUUCCUUUCAUUUAAGUGCGUUGUUUUAGUUGUUAACACAUAACAUACGAAAUACGAUGCCUUAACUUAACGUACUGAUGUGUUUUUGUUAUCUUCACUUCACUUCAUCUCACUCUCGCUACUAAUAUAUUAUCGUCCAUGUCGCACUAACUUAACUUUUGUUAUAUAUAUAGUUUCUCUAGGUUUUGGAAUUGACAUGACUGUGCGCUGCUGGAGCGCUCUCUUUAUAUUAUGUAUACCUUUUUGUCAAAUUGUUUAGUUUUUUUUAUCUCAUGGUGGCUGUACUCGUAACAUUACUGGUGUCUGUUUAGAAAACAAAAAUUCAAAAAGAACGUACCCUCCUUGUUUCUUCAGACAAAGCAAACAACAAUUCUAACAACAAUAAAUAAAAUUUUUCUUUCAGGACAUACAAAUAAAAUAUAACGAAUUAAGUUUAAAACUAAAAACUAAAAAGAAAUGAAUAAUAAAUUAUUUAAGACUUAUGUGAAUUUAUUUUGAAUCUAAGUUGAAUUUUUUAUACUUAGCUGAACAAAUUAUAAUGAAUGUAUUUUAUGUGUAUCAAAUGUAUUAGCAUUGUUUAAUGAUCUGAAUAUUUUUAGGAAAAUAAAAUGCUAUUGUAUAUAAAUUUAAAAAUUAA